UCUCUCAUAUUUAGCUGAACACAAACUUCUUCCACAUAUAAAAACUCAGAAACGCUGUCACGCGACUGACUGAAGCACCAGCUAGCACACAUCCACGCUCGCUGCGUGUGUGUGUGUGUGUGUGUGUGUGUAACAACCAACAAUCAGUCCAUUCAAGUGUGUGUGUGUUUCUGUGUGAUCGUAAUCAUGGCUGUGGAUGGUACAGACCAGAAUAAUUUGGAACAAGGUAUUUACACAAAAGAUGCAACACGUCUCCGAAAGAAUGGUCACCACAGAAGAUCUUUAUCAGAUCUCAGUCCGUCUCAGAAGUGUGGAGCCUGGAUCUCACAUUUCCAGAAGCUCUUUGUGUUGUUUAUCGGAGCGGACUGGAUCUACCUCAUGCUCCUGGGGUUCGUCGUGGCCGUGCUCAGCUUUACUGUGGAUGUCUUUGUUGACCUCUUCACAGAGGCACACAGGUGGAUCUACAAUCUUGCAGACAGUCAUGUUGUCUUGCAGUAUUUGGCGUGGGUCACUUAUUCUCUGCUUCUAAUGUGUUUCGCAGCAGGAUUCGCAAACAUAGUGUCAAAUAAGGCCACUGGGUCUGGGAUUCCCGAAACCAAGACAUCUCUGAGAGGAGUGAUGCUGAAGGAGUAUUUCACCUUCAGAACAUUAGUGUCCAAAGUCAUCAGUCUGACCUGUGUGCUCGGAAGUGAAUUACCUGUGGGCAAGGAGGGUCCGUUCGUGCAUGUCGGCAGUGUGUGUGCUGCUCUUCUCUGCAAAUUCAUGUCGCUCUUCAGUGGUAUUUACAAGGUAUUGACAAACGUAAUCAUACUGAAGGAUUCUCAGUUUGUUGUGUAUUUAGUUCUUGUGUGUUUGGAACAGAAUAAGAACAGAAACGAGGAGAUGCUGACGGUGGGAUGUGCUGUAGGAAUCAGCUGCUGCUUCGCUGCUCCUAUUGGAGGAGCGUUGUUCAGCUUAGAGGUCACAUCUAUGUUUUUCCUCGCACGAAACUACUGGCGUGGGUUUCUGUCUGCUACGUUCGGUGGCUUCAUCUUCAGACUUCUGCCGGUGUGGAACAGAAAGGAAGAGACACUUACAGCUCUUUAUGCAACAAAAUACAGACUGGACUUUCCUUUUGACCUGCGGGAGCUUCCCAUCUUUGCUGCGAUGGGGAUAGUAUGUGGCUUUGGUGGCGCCUUCUUUGUGUAUUUGUAUGGAAAGAUUUCUCUGUUUGUGAAGAAGCAGCAAGCCAAGAAAAGCUUCCUCAUGAGGAAUUGUUUCUUCUAUUCGGCUUUGGUGUCUGUGCUGAUCUCUACGCUCACUUUCCCUCCAGGCUUUGGGCAGUUCAUGGCUGGACGGCUCACCAAAAAGGAUUCAUUGAUUUCAUUUUUUGACAAUCGCACCUGGUCAAAUCAUGGCAUCGUAGCAGACUUCGCUAACGACGAUUACCUAGCCGCCUGGAAACAUCCGCAGGUUAACGUCUUCAUCCUUCUCUCCGUCUUCAUCAUCAUGAAGUUCUGGAUGUCUGCUCUUUCCAUAACCCUUCCUAUACCAUGUGGUUCCUUCGUUCCCAUUUUCGUCAUUGGUGCUGCAUUUGGCCGUUUGGUGGGUGAAGGUUUGGCCACGUUGUUUCCUGAUGGAUUUAACGUUGAUGGACACAUAUACCACAUAGUGCCCGGAGCGUAUGCUGUUAUAGGAGCGGCAUCGUUAACGGCAGGAGUCACUCACACGAUCUCGACUGGCGUGAUCAUGAUGGAGAUGACUGGUCAGAUCAGUUACACUCUACCCAUCCUGAUCUCUGUGAUUCUGGCCAACAUGAUCUCUCAGAGUCUUCAGCCUUCCAUCUAUGACACGGCUAUCCGCAUUAAAAAACUGCCUUACCUGCCCACGCUUAGUUGGGGCCACCGAGAGAAGUAUAAUAUUUAUGUGGAGGACUUUAUGAAAAGAGAUGUUCGUUAUAUCACACUGAACUCCACCUACAGAGACAUAAUCAAGAUCCUACGUUCAGGAAAUCUUAAAACACUGCCUUUGGUGAAAUCUGCAGAGUCGAUGCUCUUGCUGGGUUCUGUCGAGCGUGCUCAGUUACUGGGGCUCUUAAAACAGCGAAUGCAGCAUAAUAAGCAGAAUGCAUCCACUAUGCCAAACAGAUACAAGGUUCGCUUCCAGAUGUCCUCAGAAGAGUCUGCAUCCGCUACAAAUGCUAAACCUCUGAAAUCUGCUCUGAAGAAGCCAUCUGUAGAUGAAGAAGAAAUUACAAGUCUUUAUGAUUCUGGCCUCAACUUAAAGAAGUUCUUCUGUUCUCGUCCUGAGAUCGAGGCAAUGGAGGACGACUCAGACGCAGAGGAUGAUACGAUACUUCAAGAGAUUGAGGAGUGGGAGGAGCAACAGCUUGACGAGCAGGUGACCUUCAACAGCUGUAAGAUUGACCCCGCCCCCUUCCAGCUGGUGGAGCGCACUUCACUGCACAAGACGCACACCAUGUUUUCUGUGUUGAAUCUGGAUUACGCUUACGUCACCAGCA